AUGUCUGAUCCAAGAUGGAGGAAAGCCAGGCACCUUUUAACGCCCGAGCUACUGUCUUCGUCAAUUCAGAUCACCAACUUACCAGCUUCGUGGAACGAAAGCACGAUUUCAUCGAUAGUAGCUGGCUCGGGGCCUAUAGUAAACGUCUCAACCAAGACCGAUCCUCGGAAUGGUAAGCUGCUUGGUAUAACGGUCGAUUAUGCGACAAGUAAAGACAGUAAGCGCGCUUUAGAUGUGCUACGAAAGAUUAAGAAGUUUCCAUGCGACCUCGAGCGUAUCAUGCCGAACAAUAAGGAGCAGAAAGAGCCCCGCAAGCCGCUAGACCUCAACAGAGAUGCCUUCCCAUGGGAGUUCGGUCUCGAACUGCCGUUCGAACUGGUUUCUGAAGUGCCUCUGCCUAGACGUCCCACAAACCCGGUUCCCGUUUCCAAUUCAGGGCCGUCUGGCAGUGACGCAAGCAGCGGUGUUGUAGCAUUCCCCGACAUCCUCAAGGAGGCCUCUAAGCACUUGCCGGGCCUUCAACCUAACUCUAUGACGAGCCCGGACGCCAUCUCUGCGAACCUGGGCAAAAUCGCGCCGCUGCAGUUGCUUGAAAUGAUAUCCAAUCUGAAGAUUCUGGCAAGCCAGGACGCUAACCGCGACCAGCUAACAAAGUUUCUGGCGUCGAACCCUGACAUAUCCGUGGCUGUGACCCAAGCGCUGUUGGAAAUGGGGUUCGUGAACUACAGUGUGGUGACCAAGGUCAUCGCGGAACAACCCGCGAGCAGAGCCCACGCAUCGCCUGUUCCCAACAACGUCCAGUCAAUCUACAGCAAUGGCAGCACUCCUGGCACAACGCCGAUGAACAACAGCGCUCCAUUGAACACAUUCACAGCGCCCGUGCAGCAGCCGCAGCCGCAACAGCCGGCUCCAGCUCCAGCUGUGGCGCCCCCCAUGAUGUUCAACGCUCCUCCAGUGCCUGCAUUUGGGUUUAACGGCGUUGCUGGCCCCGCGCCCUUCAUGCCCGCACCCAUGGGCGCACCCAUGGGCACGCCAAUGGCGCCACCUGUUGUGCCGCCCAUGCCAGUCGCAAACGGCGCGCCCCGCGUGAACACCAUGAAGCUGGCAACGUUACCUCAGAACCAGCAGGAUAUGAUCAAGCAAGUUUUGCAGCUUUCGCCAGAUCAAAUACGACUGCUACCGCCAGGCCAGGUGGCUAUGGUGGAAAACUUUAAGCGAGAGUACCUCAUGUAA